AACUCUAACCGGAUAGAAAACACAAAUCUUGCAUUGCAUCGAUUUCGCCGCCCCUCUUGUCUUCGGAGUUUCCAAGAACUCCAAUUCUCUCCUAUUUCUUCGACCCUCUGCUCGGCUUCUCGAAGCGACCAAUCGGCGACUCCUCCUCUUCUGCCCUUCUCCUGCUCCAGAUUCACAAUGGCGUCUUCUUCCAUUUCUUUCACCGGCCCUGCUUUGAUCCCCGUCAAAUCCGCUGCCCCUCGGCCGUCCGCACCGCUUCAGAGCUUCUUCACGAUCGUCGGGCGCCGCUCCUUUUCCAGACCACUUAUACUCAGAUCCGGGAUCAGAUCUGAUGGCGUCGCCCCCUUCUCUGGUUUAAGAACUCAGAUUGCAGCUAUUGAACAACCAAUUACUGAAGAGGCUCAGAAAGUGGAGGCGCCUGUUGUUAUUGUUACUGGAGCUUCUAGGGGUAUAGGGAAAGCGAUAGCCUUAGCUCUGGGCAAGGCUGGUUGCAAGGUUCUGGUGAAUUAUGCAAGAUCGUCCAAGGAAGCUGAAGAAGUCUCCAAAGAAAUUGAGGCUUCAGGAGGUCAAGCUCUCACUUAUGGAGGAGAUGUUUCAAAAGAAGAGGAUGUGGAAUCCAUGAUCAAAACUGCAGUAGAUGCUUGGGGAACAGUUGACAUUUUAGUUAACAAUGCAGGUAUUACACGAGACACACUGUUGAUGAGAAUGAAAAAAUCACAAUGGCAGGAAGUCAUUGACCUGAAUCUUACUGGUGUCUUCCUUUGUACACAGGCAGCAGCAAAAAUUAUGAUGAAGAAGAAAAAGGGAAGGAUCAUCAACAUAGCAUCUGUUGUUGGUUUAGUCGGUAACGUAGGCCAAGCUAAUUACAGUGCUGCAAAGGCAGGAGUGAUUGGUCUCACCAAGACUGUUGCAAAAGAAUACGCAAGCAGAAAUAUCAACGUGAAUGCUGUUGCCCCGGGGUUCAUUGCAUCUGAUAUGACAGCUAAACUAGGAGAAGAUAUCGAGAAAAAGAUUUUGGCAACUAUUCCAUUGGGGAGGUAUGGACAACCGGAAGAAGUUGCAGGCCUGGUGGAGUUCUUGGCCCUUAGUCCUGCAUCGAGUUACAUUACUGGGCAGGUACUUACCGUUGAUGGUGGCAUGGUGAUGUGAGCACAGGAAGGUUUCCUCUUUUUCCCUUCUAUAUCUCAAAUAUAUUUAUUUAGCUUCUGAAAAGAUUGUGCUCGAAUAAGAACUUUUAGUUCUUGAGAAUUGUGCUAGCUAGCCCAGCUUCCUGACCGUAUGCAUCCUCCACUUUGUAUGCUUCCCAUCAUUGGGGAAUAUAAUUGUGGAGGUUUUUUAUAUUGUUUGAAUGCUAGCGAGUGUGAGUUCAUAAAUGGUUUUGCCCUUAUCACUGCUCGUCUUUAUGUUUAGGAUGGGAGUGAUAAAUAGGAAUGAUAAUUUCUUUUGAAUUUGAUUGAAAGUUUGAUAUCCUAAUGGAAGAACGGCACGGAGAAAAUUUUUAGAUCCGAUUAAA